GCUACCGUGCUGGCCGGUCAUCCGCUGGACACGAUCAAGGUGCGACUCCAGACGAUGCCCCUUCCACCGCCCGGCCAAGCUCCACUCUACGCCGGCACCCUUGACUGCGCGAAGAAGACGAUCGCCCGCGAAGGUUUCCGGGGGCUGUACAAAGGCAUGUCGGCUCCGAUCACCGGUGUGGCACCGAUCUUUGCCGUCAGCUUCCUCGGUUUCGGUGUAGGCAAGCGGCUACAGCAACAAACGCCCGAUGAGGAACUCAAUAACGUGCAGCUAUUUGUGGCCGGAGCGUUCUCCGGCAUCUUCACGACGACCGUGAUGGCCCCGGGAGAGCGCAUCAAGUGUCUGCUGCAGAUCCAGCAGGGUGGCAACUCACCCCAGAAGUACAAUGGCAUGGUGGACUGUGCUAAGCAGCUGUAUGCCGAGGGCGGCAUUCGCAGUAUCUACAAAGGAGCCUUUGCCACGUUGCUACGUGAUGUGCCGGCCUCGGGAAUGUACUUCCUCACGUACGAGUACCUUCAGCGGAAGAUGGCACCGGCUCCGGGAACCAAGGUUGACGCUACGGUAGCACUGCUCGGUACAAUCUUCGCUGGUGGUAUGGCCGGUAUCGCUAACUGGGCCAUCGGAAUGCCAGCGGAUGUGCUGAAGUCGCGGUUACAAACGGCACCGGAAGGCACCUAUCCGAACGGGAUUCGAGAUGUGUUCCGCGAGCUGAUGAAACGCGAGGGUCCGUUGGCGCUGUACAAGGGCGUAACACCCGUCAUGCUGCGUGCGUUCCCAGCUAAUGCUGCCUGCUUCAUCGGAUUGGAAGUGGCCAUGAAGUUCCUCAACGUCGUCGCACCGAAUCUGUAAUCUGCAGGCAGACUACUUUCGCUCUGGUUGCACUCCGGUUGUUGUUGUAGGCGAGGGGUCAUUAUCAUCCUCUUACCGUGUUGGUAUUUUUUAAUCCGUUUUUGUGUUCCUUUUCCCUGAAAGUUCAUUUCCAGCGCACGAGCGCACAGUACCGUAGUGGCCUCUUGUACACGUCUCGCAACGUGAAUCGGAUGUUGGGCACUGGGGGGCUACGCAAACAAUCUUUGUAUUUUGCUACUUUUGUAAUAAAAAGUUAUCCAA